CCACUUCACGGCGCAGCUGAGCGCAGAACAGUCAUGGGCUCAUCCAAACUUUAACUUUCAGCUCUUCUUGCUCUCCUCCCCCUCGCCUCUCCCGCUGAGCUCCCCAUGAAAAGCUCCAUUUGCAGCCGAGGACGCAUGGAGAUCUAAUUUUGCCCCCCCACUUUUCGGUCAGUCGGUCAAGUCUGUGGAGGCUAUUGUUGUUUUGCUGCUUCCUCGGUUUCAUGGUCCACUCAUGCGUCGGGAAUGCCAUGGCCACUCCGAGCGCACAGCAGCAGCACCAGGAUUAUUUCAGAUCGGUGAGCAGCGAGUCCACCACCUACAUGAUGGUCCCAGCCGGCGGGCCGAGCGGGACCGGGCGCAAGGAAGCGCCGUCCAAGAUGUGGGUUGCGAUGGUGGUGAUAGUGGUGGUGGUGCUGCAGAUUGCGUCCACCACGGGGCUCUUUGUCUACCUGAACAUGUCCAUAUCACAGGUGCGUAGCCAGGGAGUGACGGAGGAGUUAAAGUGCCUGAGUUUACUGAACGCUCUGGACAAGGACCAGGACAUCCCCGACCAGCUGGCCCAGCUCUUCGGAGAGCCUUGCAUCAAGCUGGCCGAAGGCAUCAAAGCGUACAUCUCCAAGGUGACAGAGAACAUCAUCUCCAAACAAACCUUCAUUGAGGCCAGAACCAUGCCUCGCUCCUUCAACAAUUCGGGGUCGAAGUUCGUGACCUCUGUGGCCCAGAGGCCAUCUGCCCACCUGACCCUCAGGGACACCAGUUCUCAAGGUGAGCCAUCUCGCUCCAAAGAUUAUUGCUUCGGGGGUCAGAGAUCUCAGGAAGAUUUAGAGGAAAGAGAAAACGAAGGCUUACGACUUGUUCAAGUCAUCGACUUCCUUUUCCAGAUCUGUGCUGAGCUCCUCAGACUUUCUAAAAGGGUCCGAUGUGAACCGGCUCAGGAGUCGAUU